AUGCAGCUCUACGAAACCGCGCUGUACAUGCUGGCGCCGUUUGUGAUCCCGACCUCGCUCGUGGUGGAGCCCGGAUUCACGAUGCUCCUGAUGAUCGCAUUGUGGGGUCUGUAUCUGCUCAACGCUAUGGUCUUCAACGAGAUGCAUCUCAAGCGGAAGGGGGAACGAGUGGGCCAGUGGGUGGUCGCCAUCUACUAUAUGCCGUAUAAGCUGGUGAUCGGGAUCACGAACGUCACCAGCUGCUCCUGGUUGACUGUCAAGUAUGCACGGUAUUUUGCGCGCCGACAUCCCAGAUUGACGGAGGACACUAAGGCUGUGCGGAUGGUGCUGCGGCUGGAGGAGCUGUCCGAAGCGGGCGAUCGGGGCGGCGAUCCGCGGGCGGCAGCGAAUCUGGGCAGGAGCAUGACGGUCCAGUCGGUGGGAUACCGGACGAUGACGGGCGGGAUGAUUAAAUUCCCCGGGCUUGUUACUGCGCACGAGUUAGGGCCUUAG